UUUAUUUUUAUAGAACAGUAUAGAAAAUAAAUAAAUAAAUAAAUAAAAGAGAAUAACUUGAGAGUGUGAAAGAAAAUGAUUGAGACGGUAAGUUUCGUUUCACGUGCAUCCAUGGCGUAGAACACAAUCGCUUAUUUUCCCUCUCAAACUUAAAUAUUUGAAUCUUCAUUCGAAUUUGAAAAAUCACUGUAACGCUAUGAUUAACGACUCUAACCGAAACGCAACUUCACCAUUACCAUGUCUCGUUUCAAUCCCUCCAUUCUCCGGCAACCGCCGCCGUCUAUCCACCACAACUACCUUCGUCAAGCCGAGCUGUCCUGUCUCAUUACAGAAGCCAAUGGCUUGGAUAUCUCUCCAGGGACGGCUUGUUAACGCCGAUGAAGCUAGCUCGGCUCGAACCAUUGGUGGUGGCUUAACGGAUGAAUUGGCAUUUGCUUGGGAUCUGUUUCCUCCUAUUCAUCGAUUUCUUAUUGUCGCUGUUAUUGGUGUUGCUGUUUCUCAGUCCAAGAACAAUCAACAGAUUUUGAAUCUUAAGAAGUCCGUUGAACUUAGGGACCAGGUCUUAUCAAGCAUGCAGCAGAAGCUUGACAAUCUUUGUGAGCAGCUUAACAGUUCUAAAGAGAACACAGUUACUGCUGUCAACAAAUUAUCCACCAAGGAUGAAGAAUUGCUAUUAGAUGAAACAUUUGGCUCCGAGAAAAUUAAGUUUGUUGAUUGUGGUUGUUGGCAUUGCGAAGAACACUCUUCCUUCUGUGAUGAGUUGAUGCAGGGUGCCUCUAGUAGAAGAGCCUCCAGUGCAAAUGAGGUGCUCCAAUAUAAGACACCAUUCUCUAAUGAAGAACAAGAAGAGCGACGAAUGUCUGACCUGUCCGAUCUCGCUUCAAGUAUCACAUCUGCUGCUGAUAUCCAGUUAAACAGUUUAGCUGUAGAACAUGAAGUUUAUAAUCUUAAGAGAGACUGUGAAGAGAAGGAGACAACAAUACAGGAGCUUACCACUUUGCUGAACUCCUCUGAGAUUGCCAAUAGCAAGAGGGUUUCUGAAUUAGAAGACAUUAUAAGGAGGAAGAACUCAACAAUUUCAAAGCUAAAGAAGGACACGGUUGUUCUAGAACAAAAGGUUAUGCAGCUUUCAAGGCUUCGCCGACCAUCUUUCUCUGCCAGUGUUCCAAAUGCAACUCAGCUGCCACAAUUGAGAGACAAUCUCAUUUAUGAUAUGGAUAGCACUACUAGCCCCUCAUCUUCUGAUUCUGAUAGUUCUCCUGUCAACAAUGCACAAAAUAUUCCUGGUGAUGUCAUUGAGCUGAACCAGAGUUCUAGUUCUACAAUUGAUCAUGAAUCUGAUCCCGCAAAAAUCUUAAAUUCAUCGAGGAGACUCAUUGGCCAACCAUCAAAAUUUCGAUCCAUUAGUCCUCUUCAAGUUCCUACUUAUCGGAAAUCUAAUGCAGCUUCUUCUUCGAGCCAAAAACAAUUGUCCCCUCGUGCAGACUUAAAAAAGAGUAGAAGACGAUCUCUUAAUGGAACUAAGAGUUCGAGUGCACAAAAGAGAUGGGUAUAAUAGUGAGUAGAUAUUCUUCUUGUAGGGUGCUGUGGAAUGUGUAGGCAGAAGAGGGUACAGGUUGUGCUAUGUUCUUUAGAUAUUUUCUUAGAUUGCACUAUGAUCUGCAAUUAGGCAACGGUAUCAAAUCGUAGCAAACAAUAGGUAGUCAAUAUUCUACAAGUUUAUAAUGUAAUACUAUUUAAAUACUUGUGGCACAUUAUGGUUUAGAUUGAUAAAUUACAGAUAACAGCAGCAGGGACUAUUUUAAGUUUUAACCAUUCAAUAUGGUUUGAUAAAUUAAGGACGGCUACUGCUGUCAAUCGGAUAAUCUUAUUUUUUAUUAGUAUCCUUCAUAGACUAUAAUUAAAUAUGGUCUUUUAGUU